CCCGCCCCUCCCUCUCGCAGUCUCGCUCUGGGUUUUGCUGUCGAACUGCGGGUGCGGGCUGUAUCGGGAGUGGAGCCGGUGACGAACGGAAGGAAGGAAGAUACAGAAAAUUCUUGGAAUACAAUGCACAGAAUAUAAUAUCCAUCAUAUGGAAGGAAAUCCCAUUCUUUUGUGUUGACUGCAAGCAGGAUGCCUCCUGUAGGUGUUCUAGUGACCCAUCCAUCCCCUGCCCUGCUCCUGCUUUGGGGGAAGAAAGGGUGUUGGUGAACUGAGAAGAGAUGUUUGAAUGAGUCUGAUUUCCAACCUGUGCAGUUACAUAUUUGCAUGUAAUUCAGUUUGAAACUUUAACAGAUUGAGCUGAUAAGGAGAAAACAUUGUCUUUUUUAUUGAACACUGGUCAAUUUCUGUGGAAAUCCUGUGGCGAUUCCUAAGAAGCUGGUGCAGUUAUAUUAUUCAACAACUUUCUCGUCGUUUACCACUGGACUGAGCUGCCUUGAGCAAUGUGGCUGGAACCUUCAUUCAUUGCAGAGUGGACUAUUCACCAGAGAUGAGCUGCUCAGCUGUGAUGCCCAUGAGUGGAAGGUACCUGUGGAAUUAUAUGCCAAAUGUAAGCUAACAGCCAAAGAGGGGAGAAAAAUAAAAUUGGAUGAGCUAAGUUGGCAGAUGGAAUACUGAUCAAGCGGAUAAUUUUGUCUUGGAUGGUGUUGAACUUCUUGAAUGUUGAUAAAGUUACAUAUAUCCUGGCAAUUGGAAAAUGUUCCAUCAUGUUUCUUUCAUGUGCCUUUUAGUCAGUGGACUGGCUUUGGAGGCCAGGAGGUAUGAAAAAUGAGUGUGGGACGCAGAAGGACAAAGCUGGUGGGGAUUUUGAUGAUGGUAAACUUCUUCAUUUAUAUAGUUAUAGAGAUUUCACGCAGUGGCCACCAAGAAAGAAACUCCAGCAAAAAGGUCAUCAUUUCUAACGGUGUCUUUUGGAAGCCAUUGGUGCAUAUUAAGCCGUACUGGAAUCGAGAACAACACAAACUGGAUGAGUUAUACAACCCUGUUACUGCUGCUCUCCAUAACCGAACUGUGAUGGACCACAUAAAUAUGACAACAAUGUACACAUGUGAACCUAACUUUCGGUUAAAGGAUGAGAUCAGUAAUUUUGAUUCUUUGCCGGAUCGUUUCAAGGAUUUUCUAACCUACCUGCAAUGUAGGACCUAUCCAUUAAUAAUUGACCAGCCAACCAAAUGCCAGAAUAACCCUGUACUGCUGUUGGCUAUAAAGUCACUGGAAUCACACUUUGAUAGAAGGCAGGCCAUACGUCAGUCAUGGGGUAAAGAAGAAAUUAUAGGGAAUAAGACAGUGGCUAGGAUCUUUUUACUGGGAAAGUCGUCUCCGGCAGAUGAUUUUCCUAACCUCUCAGAUAUGCUAAAGUUUGAGAGUAAACAACACAAAGAUAUUCUUUUGUGGGAUUACAGGGACACAUUCUUUAAUCUAACCCUGAAAGAAGUGUUAUUUCUGGAAUGGGUAAGCAAAUCAUGCUCUGAUAUUGAAUACAUUUUUAAAGGAGAUGAUGAUGUCUUUGUGAACACUGUACAGGUUCUGGAAUACUUGAACACUCUGGACAAAGACAAAGGCAAAGAUCUGUUUGUUGGUGAUGUUAUUACAAAUGCAGGGCCUCAUCGAGAGAAAAAACUAAAAUACUAUGUUCCAGAGAGUAUAUACGAGGGAGUGUAUCCUCCUUAUGCUGGUGGGGGUGGGUUUCUGUACUCUGGAUACUUGGCAAAGAGGCUUUAUAAUGUGUCACAUAAAGUAACACUCUAUCCAAUUGAUGAUGUGUAUACUGGAAUGUGCCUUAAAAAACUUGGCCUCGCUCCAGAAAAACACAAAGGUUUCAGGACUUUUGAUAUAAUGCAGAAAGACCGACAUGUUACCUGUGCAUAUAAAAACUUAAUAUUAGUCCACAGCAGAAGUCCUCAAGAAAUGAUAAGAAUUUGGAGCAGGCUGCAGGAUCCCGAGUUAAAAUGUUAACCUAAAAUACUUGAGGAAAAUGGUUGAGAGUUGAGGCCUAUUUCUAAUGGUUGUAAAAGGUUAUCUUAUUUGCACACAUAUUGAUGUUACAAUGCUAAUAAGCUGUGAGAAAGUGUGUGUCAGAGCGUACCCCCAGUAACAGGUCUGGGAGAAGCAUAAUGGGUCCAAAGGAUUCUAGAAAUCCCUAGGAGGUGUCAAUUCUGUUGGUCAGAUUUUCUUAUUCAUCCUACUGAACAUACAGAAAUGUCUUGGACUCUGCAGUUUGCACUGUCUCAAAUGUAACUAUCUUCCAAAAAGGAAACUUUCCAUUCUUCAUCAAAGGAAAUCCUGGGAGAUGAUUAUGGAUCCAAUUAAAAUGAGCUGUGGUAAUCAUGACAACAGGGGAGAUCAGUCAGUAUAUCAUAGGGCAAUAAAAUGUAUUUUACAUACAUCACAGAUUAUUGAAUGUCACCCUGCACAGUUUUAGCAGGGAGAGUGAUGCUGUCUCAUCAAAUCGUGUACACUGAUAAUUUUAGAGGUUCAAUAUCAAUCAUUUGAUUACAUUGUACUGUACAUCGUGAAGGGCAAUAUUUCAUGUCUUCAAAGAAGAAUGUAAGUAGAUUUUGUUUAAUAAAUCUAAUUUGUGAAUGGAAAGAUGAUGCUAUUUAAAUUUUAGAAUGGGAGACAUAAAAAAAAUCCAGAGAUUAUAUUAAAAUUCUGGACACACAGCAGAUUAUUUCCAAUCUAUUGAAGAUUGCUGAACAUUUUCCAAUAUAUGUAAGCAUGUGUGCUUCCUGUGGUUUAUGUGAAAGAAUGUCUGCUGUUUUAUUUAUUCCAAUCAAAAGACCAAAUUGUUUUUAAAAUAGAAACUAUAAACAAUGUCAAUUUACCUGUAAAGCCUCAAGUGCGAUUUGUCUGUGAAUAAACUCGGUUAAUAUCAUCCUUGGCCAUGUUUGAAAAUGUAACAAUUCUCCAGAACGUGUUUUUUUUCAACUGCAAAGGAGGAAGUGCUAACUGUACAGAAUGUGAUGAUUAUUUAAUGGCUGCAUGUUUAUCAAUAAAACCAAUUUAUAACUUA